AGCCAUCCAUCACUCUCCCCAGGUCAUCCAUCCCAUCCCAGAUAUCCACUGCUCCAUCCUGCUCAUCCAUCCCAUCCCAGAUAUCCACAGCUCCAUCCUGCUCAUCCAUCCCAUCCCAGAUAUCCAUCACUCCCUCCUGCUCAUCCAUCCAAUCCCAGAUAUCCACUGCUCCAUCCUGCUCAUCCAUCCCACCCCAGAUAUCCACAGCUCCCUCCUGCUCAUCCAUCCAAUCCCAGAUAUCCACUGCUCCAUCCUGCUCAUCCAUCCCACCCCAGAUAUCCAUGGCUCCCUCCUGCUCAUCCAUCCAAUCCCAGAUAUCCACUGCUCCAUCCUGCUCAUCCAUCCCAUCCCAGAUAUCCACUGCUCCCUCCUGCUCAUCCAUCCCACCCCAGCCAUCCAUGGCUCCAUCCCAGCUGCAUUUUGUAUUGUUCCCAUUGUACAUCUCUCCAUCUCUCCAUGCUGGCUCCCACUGGGAUCAGGGAGCUUCCAGCAGCCAGGAUCAUGGAUAAGUUGUUCCCACACCACCACAGGGAUCCAGGUGCUGGCACAGCUUUGGAACAACCAGGAAAUUUUGCCCCUUGCACCAGAAGAGAUGGGAAAUUUCAUCACUGUGUGCACUGCAGCCCCCCCAAGGCCGUGGCCAACGCUCACAUCGACGCCGGGAAUCGCACGGAGCUGAACUCCCGCCUGCGCUACUCCUGCAAGCCCGGGUACAAACGGAAAGCUGGGACCUCCAGCCUCAUCCAGUGCAUCCUCUGGAACGGCUCCCAGCCCCGCUGGACUCACCCCACCCUCCAGUGCAUCCGAGAUCCGGCUCUUUCCAGGGAAUCCCCCGGCGCGGCGAGCACAACCCAGAGGGCAGGAACCACCAGUGCCAGCCCAAAUUCCAGCCCUUCUCCAGCUCCCAGUCAGUCACCUGUGCCACCAGCACCUGAUGGAUCCAGGCCACCAGAGAUGGUGCCAACACUGGACACAUCCACGCUGGGAGAGGGCACAGCCCCGCUGCCCAUCCCACCCACGGAGUAUGCCGCAGGUUGGGCUGACUCCCAAGGGAGUACCAACCUCCCCUGGGCCUUCUUUCAUCCACAAAGGCUCUCUUGCCUUUCCAAUGGAAUUUUCCUUCUCUCCAACCUCCUUUCUAGUGAGGCUCCUUCCCAGCAUCCACCCCUUUCCUACCUUUGCAGCUCAAAAUUUCCUUUUCUCUCCUCUUUUCCAGUUUCCAUCCAGUCCGUGGCCUCUUCUGUUGGACUCCUGGUGCUGCUGGCCAUCGGAAUUGCGGCCAUCUGCUGCUGGAGGAGGAGGAGGAGGAGGAGGAAAUGCAGCAGGCAGGGCUACGUGGUGACAGAGGCAGACGUUCCCAUGGAGGGAAUUCCCUCUGGGAAUGAGGAGGUGGCGCCUCCUGUCAUUGUCCCCACGGGCUGAGCACCCCCCCUGGGGACACUGGGCACACCCAGCAUGCCGAGGGAUGCCGGAGGAUGGAAUUCUGGAAUUCUGGAUGCUUCCCCCAGGGUGGCAGAGCACAUGGAGCAGCCAGGCUGCUCUUCCCAGCCUGAACACGGAUGAUUCCCAUGGAUGACCCCAAAGCCACUGAGGCAGAGCCAAAGGUGCUGGGACCAUCCCACCCCACAGAGAGCUCAGGGAUCCUUUGGAAGCACUCCCAGCCCUGAUCCCAGCCCUGGAUCCCAACCCCAGUGGCUCAGGGGGAAUCCAGGCUGGACCAGACUCUCUACAGACACCAUCAAGGACCAAAAACACAAUUUAGGAAUAUUUUCCUUCGUGGGUUUUCCCUUUAUCCAUCAGCAAGUUUUAUCCACUUGUUUCCUUAUCCAGGUUUUAUCCACUUGUUUCCUUACACUAUGGAAAAGGCAGCUCUUUAUUUUUAUGUAUAAAUAAAUAUAUUUUAUAUAAAAAAUAA